AUGGCUUCAAGAGCGUUGCUGCGGCUACAAAGUGAUGCUGGCCGCAGACGAACACAAAGAUGGAAGGGUGUGCGGGUCGAUGGCGUCCAGUAUGGGCCAUCUUCACUCGCGUACUUUUCUCAUCGACUAUCAGCAUUCAUCAAGACGGAUUUGGAGCCGAAACCCUCAAUCAAGUCAAAUUUAUCGCCUCCACCAACACCAUCUAACUGCAACCGCCUUCAACGUGAACAACAAGACGCGUUGCUCGACCUUUACUGGCAGGGCUACCACGCCAUUUACCCUGUGAUCGAAGAGGCCGCGUUCCGACGACAUUAUGAUUCCCUUUGGCAAGAAAAUAUGAGACAAGCAUGCCCACUGGUAGACGUCGUGAUUGCGCUAUGUAUUCAAUUCGGCUCCUCAUACACAGCUGCCGAUACGCUUGUCAUGCCUGAUCAGCCUGGGUACGACUUUUACCUUCAAGCACAGCAGUCCUUGAGCUCUACCUUGGAGACGCCGACAUACAUGUCGAUACAGUGUUACUUCCUUAGUGCCAUAUAUCUCUUGGCCUUUAAGCAAACUAAUUCAGCCUAUAUGAUGGUGCGGACAGCAGUAUCAGCAGCAGAAGCCAUUGGACUGCAAUUUGAUGACAAUGAUAACAACGAUACUCAGGUCAACGAUGACAGCUCAUCGAAGUGUCUUGGUUCCAGGAUAUGGCAAUGUUUGGUCACAUUAGACACACAGAUCUCUAUGGACUUGGGCCGUCCUUUCGCAGUAGCGAACAUUCAACCACACGAUCUACCAGAAUCCGACGAGGUUGCCCAGGUUUCUGGUCCAAACUUUGACUUUCCUGAGCGAUCCGAUAUUAACUGGCUUCAUUUUGUACACGAGAGACAGCGUUUGUUCCGGAUCGCUCGCGGAAUUCAUACUGAAUUGGCGGCAGUGGUUGAGGACACUCUUGAAGAAAUCGAACAGGCCGACUUUUACCAACAUCCUGCAUCACGAGAAAAAUGCGCAAAAUAUCUGCACGGACAACUCAAGCAUCUCAAAGCAUGGGUUGAGGAAUUACCAGACAGCCUCAAGACACCGAGGGUACAAGGCGUACCGUUCUCAGUUGACCGUUCCAAACUUGAUCUUAGCCAGACAGAGCCGCUAUGGCUACAAAGGCAGCGCCUGGUCUUGGAACUGGACUAUCACUCUCUCGUCAUAAUGCUCACUCGGGCAUUCAACUCUUUUCUGCCGACGCCGGCUCUCGGUACUUUUAAUAGCGACAACCACUGCAUCACCUGUGUCAACUCUGGUAUCAUGAUGACACUGAUACUACAUCAGAUUCUCAGUGGUUCAGAAAUCCUUGCUGGCUUUUUUCAAGUUGUUGGCUGGCAACGCACUGCAACAUUCACGCUAGCUGGCUUCGCCUGUGGUUAUCCCAUCUGUCCGUUGUCUCCUAUAGCACGAAAGACAUUGCCACAAGCUGCACGAGUCUUUGAAAUGUCUGGCAGUCGAAAAGAUGCGCAGUUGAUCGACAGCCUCAAGACAAAAUGUUUUGAGAUAGUACAGGUUUUCUGCAAUAGAAUUGGUAUACCUACGCCUGUAACAACACCAGCUGAUGCCGACAAGGACGCAGAGACUACAGACGAGUUGAUGGAGCCAAGUAGCUACCAAGUCAUGAGUAUCGGGGAAGAGGCUCUGACCAAUGCUGGUUUCGACAACAUACUGAACAGUGAGCUCUGGACAACAGACUCGCCGGGUGGGCUUUUAUGGGGCGACUUGAUGAAGGAUUUGGACUCGGGCUUGGCAUCGUCACUCGGUCAUAUUGGAGUACAAGAUCAGGACAGUGUUUAA